CAAAACAAGCCAUGCAAUUUAAACUGAUACGUUUGUACAUGAAGUAGGUUUCUUCUUAUUCUUUGAAAGAAAGGAAAAAUUAAAUUAAAUUUUCUCAUAUAACUGAAAAACAAAGUCUCGCUAAUCAUUAUUAGUUUUGAUAGCUUUCACGCUGAAACUUAGAUCAAUAUUGAUGUUGUGGAUUUGCAAAUUUUGUGUACAUCGUUUUGCUUGGUUUUUUGACUUUUGCAUUAGUAAUGGAGUUUACGCUGCUGCUAAUAGUUAUAAAUUUUCUAUUAUUCAAUUGUCAAUUGCCGCCAACAUUAUAUCGUUAUGGAGAUUUUUAUCCUAAAAAAGGAAAUAAUGAUGCACAAAAUACCGAGAUUUUAAUUAGUGGAGGGAUACGUGAUGUCAUUAAGAGAAACUCACCACGUUUUCGGAAGAUUCUAGUUAGGAACUCGGAAUCAAAUAUUGAUUUUCAAACUGAGGAUUCUCGUCUAAUGACAUCGCGAGCAAAACAAAAAAUUGAUACGCUUGCAGGUUUGGUUACAACACGAUUUGGAAAAAAUAUGAAAGUGAAUGUACUUAAAGCAUGGACAGAUGUGGUCGAAAAAGAAGACAAACUAUCAUUGCACUAUGAAGGUCGAGCAUUUCUGAUUCGUGCUUCAAAUAAUGACAAGAAAUUGCUUAGCGAUCUUAUGGUUUUAGCACGUGAAGCCGGAUUCGAUUGGGUUUAUUAUAAAAAUGAGGAUUCUAUCUACCUGAGUGUGAUCCCUGAUGUUUGCCAAACUAAGUUGGAUCUUUCGAUUGUUGUUGAUAGCUCAGGAAGUAUUGGCAUUGUAAACUUUGUUAAAGUCAAAAACUUUUUAACAAACCUGGUUGAUUUUUUUAAUGUUGGACUAGAUGAAACAAGAAUUGCUUUGAUUAGCUAUUCUUAUAGUGUUCAUGUUGAAUUUCGGCUGAAUGAAAAGCAAAAUAAACCAGCUAUGAAAGAAGCAAUCAACAAAAUAAAGUACCAGAGAUCAAUCACUGCUACAGGUGAUGCCUUAAUGACUUUAGUAAAUACAAUUUAUAAUGAAAAUAAUGGCAUGAGAAGGGAUAAAUCUAUACCAAAGAUUGGAGUUUUAUUGACUGAUGGUUACUCAAAUGGUGACGUUGAUGUUUUUUAUGCAGCAAAGCGUGUUAAGGAGGCUGGUAUUAGCAUGUUUGUUAUUGGAGUAUCUGAUAGUGUGUAUAUGUCUGAAAUACUAGCAAUUGCCAGUCCACCAGUAAAUCAACAUUACAUUGUAAUUGACAGUUUUACAGAUCUUUCUGGUUUCCUUGAUCAAGUUACUGCUGUUUCCUGUGAUGAAGGGGCUCUACUGAGUAAAUGUGAUAAUGCAGAAACAGCUGUUGAUGGUGGAUCCUUUAAAUACUUUCAAACUAAGUUUACAGGAAAAAAUCAGCGUAUCUCUGUUGAAUUAGUUGAUAAGCAAGGCUUGUCUUUUAUUUAUGUUUCAAUAAAGCUACGAAAUCCUGGGCCUUUAUCAGAAGAAAAAGAUGUAAACAAAAGUGAAAGCAACAUAUCACCACGAAUAAUAUCAAUAGAUCUACCUUCUACUGGUGAAACUAUCAUUUACAUUGCUGUCCAAGGUCAAAAAGAUUACAAUGUGUUUGAACUGAGUAUAUGGGAAUCAUUAUUUAUAACUGAUCAAAUCUCUGUUAACAUAUCAGAAAAUGAAAUAGCUGGACACCAAGUUUUGGUUGUACAAACAUUAAGUCAUCCAGAAAGCUUUAACUAUAUAAUCAAAGAUGGUUUGAAUAGUGGUGACUUCCGAAUUGACAACAAUGGAAAAAUAACAACAAAUAAAAGUCUUGACAGAGAAAGCAUAUCUAGUUAUAAGUUAAGUGUUAUAGCUGAAGAUAAAAAUGAUAAAUGUCACAAAGGUUUAAUAUCAAUUGUAAUAAAUGUUGAUGAUAAAAAUGACAACAAACCAGAAUUUGAAAAACAAGAAUACAAAGUAGAACUAAGAGAAGAUACUCCAUUAAAUCAGUUUGUCAUACAGGUUCAAGCUACAGACAAAGAUACUGGUAAAAAUGCUGAGCUGACCUAUGAACUAUCUGGCUCAAAUCAAGAUAUUUUUAAAAUUGAAAACAAAACAGGUAUAAUUAAAACAAACAAAGCUCUUGAUUAUGAAUCUAAAUCAAGUUAUACAAUUGGGUUAGUUGUUUUUGAUUCGGGUGCUAAUGUACUAGUUGGAAAUGCUAGCCUGAUUGUAACUGUGACUGAUGUGAACGAGCCACCAGAGUUUGUAAAUUGUAAGAUACCAAGAAGUUGCAAUUUUAGAAUUAAUGAAAAUCAACCAGAAAACACAAUUGUUGAAAAAAAUUUAACUGCUAUAGAUCCAGAUACAACACCAUGCAGCCUAAUCUACAGUAUUGUUUCUCUUGAUAAACAGUAUUUUAAAAUUAUAGGUAACACAAUACAAACAAGAAUGCCUCUUGAUAGAGAAGCAAAAGAAAGUUAUUCUUUAGAAGUGUCAGUUAAAGAUUGUGGGACACCCCCACUCCACGCAUUCACAAUUAUUAAUGUGGUUUUAAAUGAUUUAAACGAUAAUUAUCCAAAAUUCUCUGAAUCUUCUUAUAAGUGUUUUGCUAAAGAAGAUUUACCUAAAAAUGCUACACUGUGUGCAGUUACAGCAAAUGAUAUUGAUGCUGGGAUUAAUGCUAAAAUUAUUUUCAGCAUUUCCAGUUCUAAUGAAGGUAUACGUAUCAAUAGAAAUAAUGGAAUACUCACCUUGGAUAAUAGUUUAGACAGAGAAACAAAACCAUUUAUUGAAUUAGUAAUAACUGCUAUAGACCAAGGAACGCCUUCACUUCGUUCUUCAGUCAACUUAACAAUUGUUGUGGUAGAUGUCAAUGAUAAUGCUCCAAAAUUCAUUGGAAAUAGAAAGCUUAAUAUUGAUGAAAAUGUUAAAACUAGAACGCUGGUUGCCAAACUUGGGGCUGUAGAUAUUGAUGAAGGUCUCAAUGCUCAAGUUCGUUUUUUAAUCACUUCUGGUAAUACAGAUGACAUGUUUACUAUCAACAAUCAAGGAGAGUUAGUUACUCAAAAGCAACCAGAUCGUGAAAAGAUUGACUUUUAUAGUCUUAAUAUAACUGUGCAUGAUUUGGGUGAUCCAUCUUUAUCAAAUACAGCUGUGUAUACAAUUCAAAUCAAUGAUCUUAAUGACAACAGUCCUGUUUUUGAUAAGUCUCCAUACAUUUUAACUGUUAAAGAAAAUCAAAAAAACAGCACAUUAAUAACAAAGAUCAUUGCUACUGAUAUGGAUCUUGGCAUUAAUAAAGAGAUCACUUAUGGAAUUUUGGGUGGAAACCAAGAAAAUGUUUUUUUUCUUGAUCCCAACAUAGGAAGUUUAACCUUAAUAACUACUCUUAAAUUCAGGAAGCAAAAAAAAUACACCCUGAAUGUAGCUGCAACUGAUAAAGGAUCACCAUCAAGAUCUUCAGAAACUGUUAUUGAAAUUACUGUGGAAGAUACAAAUGAUUUUGCACCAAUAUUUAUUGAUGAUCCUUAUAAAAAGUCUUUAAACGAGAAUGUAGAUAUUGGAACUAAUGUUUUGCUAAUCAAAGCUAAAGAUAAUGAUACUGGUCCGAGUGGAGAUCUUACAUUUUCAAUACAGAAUCUGCCAAGUUUACCAUUUAUUAUAAAUUCUAAAACAGGUUUGAUUUCAACAAAAGGGUUUAUUGAUUAUGAAGUAACUCCAAGUUUUUCAUUCACUGUCUAUGUUCAAGAUGGUGGAACCCCAUCUUUCAAAGCUAAUGCAUCAGUUUUUAUACAAAUUGUUGAUUUGAAUGAUAAUGCUCCAAUCAUGGCGAAUCAAACCAUUUAUGUAGUAGAAAAUGAAGUUAAAGAGAAAAAAAUAUUUGUUUUAAAUGGUGUAGACAAAGAUAGUGGUUCAAACUCUAUAAUAGAUUACUCUUUAAUUGAUUCAAAAUUACCUUUUAAAAUUCAGGAUGAUCAACUAAGGGUUAAUGGCAUUCUUGAUCGAGAAAAUAUUAGUAAAUAUAGCUUAGAUAUCAUUUUAACUGAUCGUGGCAUACCACCGCAAAAAAGUAUAUCAACAAUUAUUGUCAUUAUUAAUGAUGAAAAUGAUAACGAUCCUAAGUUUCGAAAAAGUUUGUAUGAUUGCUCUGUUCGAGAAAAUUCUCCCGUUGGUACAUUUGUAUGUUCUGUUGAAGCAAGUGAUGUUGAUGUUGGAGAAAAUGCCUCAUUGUCAUUUUUUAUUUUUGAUGCCCUGUUAAAAAUAGAUAAGAUAAGUGGUGAAAUUACUACCAACAAAUCUCUAGAUAGAGAAGUGUUAAAUAACAUAACAACUACAAUCCAAGUUAAAGACAAUGGCAAAAAACAGAGAGAAUCUACAGUUACUUUAAGUGUAACAAUACUUGAUGAAAACGACAAUAAACCAGCAUUUAGUUUGGUCAGCUACAAUUAUAGUUUUAUUGAAGAACAAAAUGCUGGAACAGAAGUUGGGAAAGUUUUUGUCACUGAUGAAGACAUAGGAAGCAACAAAGAAAUUGUGUUUGGUGUAAUAGGCACUGAUAGAUUUUGGAUUGAUAGCCAAGACAAUGGUAUAGGUAUUAUAAAAGCAAAAAAAAUGAAUCGUGAAGAAAAGGACUUCUACCAGUUUAUAAUAAGAGCCUCUGAUAAAGGAACACCUUCUCUUUCUUCUUUUGUCAAUGUUGCUGUUACUAUUACAGAUAUAAAUGAUAACGUGCCAUUAAUUGAAGAAAAGAUGUAUCAAAGAAAUAUUAAAGAAACUGUAUCAAAUGGGACGUUUGUUCUAAAGAUUACUGCCUCUGACCUUGAUAUUGGUAAAAAUGGUCAGUUUGUUUAUGAAAUUAAAAGCAGCCCAAAUUCCGAUCAUUUUUUUAUUAAUUCAAAUACAGGUGUGAUCACAACAGCUGCAGCCUUAGAUUAUGAGACAGUUGCAUCUUAUAUUUUGAAUAUUGAAACUAUAGAUCAAGGGUCACCCCCUUUAUCUGACAGUGCAGUUGUUAACAUAAGUAUCAUUAAUGAGGACCACACAGCUCCAAAGUUUGAACAAGUAAAGGGAGUAUCUAUAUAUGAAGAUCUUGGAGUUAAUCAACCUAUCAUGCAGUUUAAGGCAACUGACGCUGAUGGUUCAAACUUAACAUAUAAAAUUAUUGGAGGAAAUGAUGAGGAUACAUUUCAAAUUAACCAAGUCACAGGGUUAUUAUCUUUAAAAAAAAGUCUAGAUCGCGAGAGGAAAGAUUUUUAUAACAUCAGUGUUGAAGCUUCCAACGAAAAAAAAACAGAGGUUGUUUACCUACCAGUUGGAGUCCUAGACGUUAAUGAUAAUUAUCCUAUUUUUAAUCAUGAAUCUUAUUCUGGAAAUGUUGAAGAAGAGAGUGAUGAUUUUACAAGAGCCAUUGUUACUGUUAUUGCAACUGACAAAGAUUUAAACUUAAAUGCAGAAAUUGAGUACAAAAUUGUUUCUGCACACAAUAAUACAUUUGAAGUAGACUCAAAAUUAGGUAUAUUACGUUCUAAAAUAAAAUUGAAUCGUGAAGAAACAGAGACUUACAUAAUUGAAGUUGCAGCUGUGGAUAAAGGUAUACCUUCUCUUCGCACUAGUGUUUUUAUCACUAUCGAUGUUGCUGAUAUUAAUGACAACUAUCCAAAGUUUGAAAAUGAUGUUUAUAACAUUUCUGUCAAGGAAAAUUUAGGAGCUGGUCACUUUUUAAUCCAGUUAAGAGCAUUUGAUAUUGACAAGAAUGAAAACGGAACAGUUGCUUACAGUAUUAGUGCAGAUUGUAAGAGUUUUUUUUCAAUUAAUGAAUCAACUGGACUGUUAUAUGCAUUGAUUAAUUUUGAUAGAGAGGAAAAAGAUUCUUAUACAAUCAAAGUGAAAGCUUUUGAUCGUGGUAUUCCAUCAAAAUCUAGUGAAACUUUAGUUAACAUCAUAGUUUUAGAUGUAAAUGAUAAUGCACCUGUAAUCCAAACAAAAACUUUACCUGCUGUAAAUGAAAGUGUUUCUAUAGGAACAAAUCUUUUUCAGAUCUUAGCAGAUGAUUCUGAUAUUGGUAUUAAUAAGGUUUUAGUUUUUAGCAUCACACCUGAUAUCUUUCGCAUUGAUAACAAUGGAAAUAUUUUUUUAAAUAGACCUUUAGAUCGUGAGCUUGUUUCUCAACAUAAUGUUUUGGUAAAGGUUGAAGAUACAGGUACACCUAGACUUCACACAAGUAUGAAUUAUAUCAUAAAUGUCACAGAUGAUAACGAUAAUGCACCAGUAUUUUUAAACACUUCUUAUUAUGUUGAUUUAGAAGAAAAUUUUCAAUCAAAAAAGUUAUUAUUUAAAGCCCAUGCUAAUGAUAUUGAUAUUGGAAUAAAUUCUCAAAUAGCUUAUAGUAUUCUUAACAACAAAGAAAUUUUUUUGAUCAAUGCUUCUACGGGUGAUAUUUAUACCAUGAAAGCUGUAGACUAUGAAACUAUACAAUCUUUUGUAUUAAAUAUUUCUGCUUCUGAUUGGAAGUUCACUACCUUUGCUACUGUUGUAGUUACUAUUAUUAAUCUUAAUGAUAAUUAUCCUCAAUUUGAAAUGGUGGAAUAUUUUGCUUCUAUACUUGAAAAUGCUACAAGAAAUAGUCUUGUUGUAAAUGUAAAUGCCAAUGAUCUUGAUGCAUUUGGAAAGCUUAGUUACAUUUUAUCCAAUACAACAGAUCUUCCUUUUAUAAUUGAGAGUGAAACAGGAAGUAUCAAAGUAUUAAAUAAUUUAGAUAGAGAGAAAAUUGGAAGUUAUUCCUUUAAAGUUAUUGUUUUUGACAAUGGCAAUCCAAAAUUACACAAUGAAACUAAUAUUGUAGUUAAAAUCUUAGAUGUCAAUGACAACCGUCCUAAAUUUAAAUCAAAUUCAGAAGUUAUUUCUUUAAAAGAAAAUAAACCAGUAGGCACAUCAAUAUCUUUAUUAUCACCCACAGCAUCUGAUGAAGAUAUUGAAGAGAAUGCCAUUCUGCGAUAUGAGGCUGUUCAAAAUAGUUAUGAUCUUUAUGUAAAUAAUGUAACUGGUGAAAUUAAAACAUUGCGUGUUUUUGACAGAGAGUUCCAGUCAAGUAUAACUUUUACUUAUGUUGCGUACGAUCUUGGAAAUCCUAAACUGUUUUCUGAAAAGCGGACAAUAAUUCUAAAUAUUGAAGAUGAGAAUGACAAUGCUCCAAUGUGGAUUACAAAUCCAUCUCCAAAUAUUCUUGAAGAUUAUCCAAUUAAUACUCAAAUUUUUGUUAUGGAAGCCUCUGACAAUGACCUAGGACAGAAUGCUGAUAUAAGCUAUUAUAUUAAAGAUGAUUCAAUGUUUCAAAUUUCAUUAUCAGGUGCAGUUUCUUUAAAAAAAAGUUUGGAUCGAGAAACAAAAGACUUUUAUAAUUUGACAAUUUUUGCGCGUGAUAAUGGAGACAUACCUCUUGAAAAUUUUAUUACUGUUAAUAUCACAGUUUUAGAUGUCAAUGACAAUUAUCCAAUUUUUAAUGAGGAUGAAUUGCAUGCAGAAAUAAAAGAGAACAGUAAAGGAAUAAAUGAAUUAGUGAAGCUUCAAGCAACAGAUCAAGAUAUUGGUAGUAAUGCACAGAUAUUGUACUCUCUUCAACAUGACUUAUUUUCUGUUAAUUCUACAACUGGGCAAGUCAUAGUUCUUCGAGCACUAGAUCGUGAAGAAAUAAGUCAAUAUAAUAUUACAGUUGUUGCCAGAGACAAUGGGAAUCCUUCUCUGCACACAGAAGCUUUAUUAAUUGUGGAUGUUUUAGAUAUGGAUGACAACUGUCCAGUAUUUACCUCGUCUUUUUAUAAAGAAACAAUUUUAGAAAAUCUACCAUAUGGGACAUCCAUUUUGCAAGUGACAGCCACUGACAAAGAUAUUGGGGCAAAUGCUGAUUUGAACUAUGGCAUUCUAGAGAGCAAUGAUCGUGGGGCAUUUAAAAUAGACUCUGUUUCAGGCUGGAUUACUGUUAUGACUUCAGAUAAAGUAGAUCGUGAGUUUUCAGAAGUAUAUCACCUUUUAAUAAAAGCUGGCUCUACAUCAUGUGGAUAUACUGAAAGUGACAAUGUGGGUGAAGGGGGGGAAGUAAAAAAUAAUUACACAGUAGCAAAUGUCUAUAUUACUGUAACAGAUAUAAAUGAUAAUGCACCAAUAAUUUUAAAUGUUGAAAAUAAAAUCUAUUACGAAAAUGUUCUCACAACUGAUAUUGUUGUUGUUAAUGCAACUGAUAAGGAUUUAGGAAAAGGUGGAGAGAUUGAAUUUAGUAUAAUGCGCAUUGACCAGAAAGUUGUUUCUAAUCAAGUUCAGAACUAUGUCAUGAUAGGUGUCUCAGAUAAGGGUGAUAAACCUUUAUCAAGUAAUGCCACUUUUAUUGUUAUCAACACUGUUACAUGUGAUGCUAUGUAUUUUUCUAUCACUGAAGUUGGUCUUUUGAAAGUAAGCAGUUUAUGCUCUGUGCAAAAUCAGAAUUCACAAUCUGAGAUUGUAGUUUUGGUAAACAAUUCAGUUUCUUUGUCAUGCAUUGCAACUGGCAAUUCUCCUGUAAUCUAUCGAUGGUCAAAAGAUGGAAGUCUUGUUUCUGGGUGGUCUAAUGAUGGCAAUAUAUCAUUGCCAUCAGUAAAACCUGAUUAUGAAGGAUCCUAUGCAUGCAUUGCAUCAAGUAAACCAGGAGUUAUUCAGUCAAGUGUGACAAAACUGUUAAUACAUGAAAAACCCUCGAUUCUGAAACAACCUACUAACGUUGUUGUAAACGAAAAGGAGACAGCUAUUUUAACAGUCAAAGCUACCGCAACUCCACGUCCAACAUAUCAAUGGUUUAAAAAUGAUUUACCGAUAAAACAUGCAACUCAAGAUGAAUUUGUUUUGGAAUCAACAAUACCGGCGGAUUCUGCUACUUAUUUUUGUAAUAUUACAAACAACCAAGGACAAGUUCAGUCCGAAAAAGUAAAGAUAAACGUUGUUAAUCGGGAAAGCGUGGUUGAACUAAAUAUAAAGAUAUUAAAACCAAACAUUAAAAAUUUGUGUUUUGAUUUUUUCUUAGAAGAUUUUGAGGAGCAAGCUAAAGUUAUAUUAAAUCGACCACUGUAUGUUACAAACUUUCGAAAUACCGAAAACAUAAAAAAACUUUGUAACCGAACAGCUUGCAGUAAAAAUCCUUGCCGAAAUAAAGGUUUAUGCGAAAUCAUAGAUACCGGGUUUCAAUGUGUUUGCACAGACUCCUGGCAAGGUCAAACAUGCGAAGAAAAUGUUAAUGAAUGCGCUCCAGAUUCGAACACUUGUAAUAAAGGAAAUUGCACUGAUAUAAUCGGUACGUUUAGAUGUGCUUGUCCGCAAGGGAAGUCUGGAAAUCGGUGUCAAUAUAAUUCAAAUGCAUGCCAAAGUAACAAGUGUAUUGAAAAGAAUGAAGUUUGCGUACCUUUCGAGAGCAACAGUGAAACAGUAAAUCAAACAUUUCGGUGCAUUAGUAAGUCUAACAUAAUAACGCUUAUAUCGAAACCCAUUAUGAAUUGGAGUCUUCCAACACAAUACGAUUUGGAACUUUCUCUUAAUCGCAUAGUAAAAGCAAUAAACAUGUCCGUACCUGCAGAUAGAAAACGGAAAAGGAAAGAUAUUUCUGUCAUGGAUUUCGGGCACUGCAUUGUACAUGUGACAGAUCACGUUUUAAAAAAUGAUGAAUCAAAAGUGUUUUUUAUACUUGAUUGCACAAUUAGUAAGUUGGGUAGCAAUAAAUCGGCCAUCUUCUUUUCACCUAACGUUGUAAAAGGAUUUUGUUUGCAAUUACUUUCCAGCGAUGAUACUUUUAGUCAGUGCGGACAACUUGAUGGAUUUAUGCAUAAACCUGUAGUGCCAAAAAUGACGCCAUUGAACGCCAAUGUUCACAUUGUAAUAAAAGACGGCAACGAAAAAGUACUACCAGCUGAUAAAGCCAUUCAAAUCAUGAAGGAAAAUGAUUUUGCUUAUCAUUUAGAAAAAUACAAUUAUAAAGUUAUAAGUGUUCGAAGUGCUUACGAUAAACCAAUACAAGAAAAAAAAGGGCGAACUCUCGUGAUAGCUAUUUCCGUCACCUGCGCUUUUGUUAUAAUAGCUGUUGUUUUCGUGUCUGUUUAUCGACGCCGUUGCUCAAAAACAAACGAUAAAAAUAACCAAUCAUCUAUUAUGUUUCAGCGAUCUAUGAUGGUCCACGACGCUAGUACUUCUAAUCUUAUUCCUGAUUAUACAAGCAAAACAAAUAAGGCUUAUGAUGAAAAAAACGAUGAUGAUAAUGACGCAGCAUUUAUGUUCGAAGUGCCUACUGAUCUUAUUUCAAAAAAAAAAUAAGGUUCAUGUUAAUUGAACACGAAAUGAGGUUCAUGUUAAUUCAUUGUUGAAGUGCCAACUAAUCUAAUUUCAAAAAAAAUAUCGAGGUUCGUGUAAAUUUAUGUUUACAUUUCCAACAGAUCUUAAUUCAAAAAAGUGUUAAGACUUAUGUAAAUUUAUGUUUGAAGUGCCAACUGAGCCUAUUUCAAAAUAGUAUAUUAAGAUUCGUGUAAAUUUAAACUAAUAUUGUAAUUAAAGUUGUAACUAUUUUUUAGUAUACAAUAAUUUAGUAUAAAAACGUUAUUGUAAUGUUUGAUGUAAAAUUUUAUAAAUUUUUUAAUUUACUUUCUCAACUAAAAAGGUGUAUAAACCACUUUGUAAAAUCAUCUUAGUGUAAAAUCAUGACUUAUUUCAA